GAACGGAAGAUUCGAAACCGGGCGGUAAUUGGAUAGAUCUAAAGGAUCUAAUGAUGUUUUCUUUAAGAGCGGGCGCACCACUGCCUCCUUCAGUUCCCCUGGGAAUGUCCCCGUGCCAAGGGACAAAUUGAUGAUAUCCCCCAGGAGGGCCCGCACCUCGUCUGGACACGCUCUAAUCAGCCAAGACGGGCACGGGUCGAGAGGACAGGUGGUGGGCUUUCCAGCUCGGAGGAGUCUGUCCACAUCGGCUGGGGAUAUCCGGUCGAAGUGGUCCAAUACUGGACCCGAGGACAGUCGAGGGGCCUCCAGUUCCUUUAUUGUAUCCAAAUUGGCCGGGAGGUCAUGGCGGAGCAACAAGACCUUCUCCGCAAAAAGCUCGCAAAUGCCUCACAGCUGUGUGUCAAAUUGUUAUUUAAAUUUGGCUGUCCCUCAAGGGACGUUAAAGACCUGAUUAUACUAAAUAAUUGCGCCGGGCGAGAGCUUGCGGAUGCAAUGGAGGCCGAGAAGUAUGACUUCUUAGCAGCCUUCACCGCCAUCUCGUAGGUUUUCAUAAAAGCCCUAUAAGAUGUUCUUGAGGCUCCGUCACGGGCACCCCGCCAUACUCGCUCUAGCCGUCUGAGGUCCCGCUUCAUUUUCCGGAGCUCCUCGGUAAACCAGGGAGCCCGGUUUCUGCGGGGUCGCAGAGGGCGCUUAGGUGCGAUCUCAUCGAUGGCUGCCAGGAGCUGGGUAUUCCAGCCCUCAACAAGCUCAGUCAAUGAGUCGCCAGGGGAGCAAGGUCCCGCAAGGCUUGGCGGAAUCUAUCAGGGUCCAUCAGCCUCUGCGGGCGAGCCCAAAUCGGCUCGCCACCUAAGCAGGGUGGGGGUGGAAAGUCAAUCCUGGCUUUCAGAGCGUAGUGAUCAGACCAUGGCACCUUCAUCGAAGGAGACAUGAUCACAUCUAUACCUACGCCAAAGAUCAAAUCCAGCGUGUGGCCUGCUUGAUGUGUGGUCGCAAGGGAGCUAUGUGCAACAGCUGCGCUGGUGGCUUUCAAAUGCCAAUGAAUCCAUUCCACAAUUGUUUUUUGAGGCCUACCUGUUACAGAGGAUUCUGGGUACAUUCAACUCACAUUGGGCACUGGCGAGGCAUAUUUUUACUUAAUCAGUGUCUUCCAUGAGCUGAAAGGGCACCUUAGAGCACACACAGCACAAUCCUUGGGCCACAUCCUGCCCGCGAGCACACGGUGGACGUGCUCUGUUUCAGCAAGGCUUGUUUGCCAUUACUGAUUGAAGGAUGCCAGGUUGAGCUGAGUUCCCAUAACAACAUCUAUUACAUUCUGCUGAUUAAGUUUUAUGAGUCUUGUGCAAAGAACCAUGUAGGAAAUGCAAUCUGGCUUUAGGAACAGCAAAUCUCUCAUCAUUUGUUACCUUCCUCCCUUGUAUUUGGGGCUCUGAGGCAUCAAUUGCAGCUUCCCUUGAGAGUCAGAUUGGAAAUUUAACCCAGAGCCAGAAGACCACAGUUAACUACUUGUUUAUUACAUUGACUUAAAGGAACAUAAUUUGCAUAACAUAACAGACGCCAAGCUGCAGGUCAUGAAAAGGUUGGUCGUUUUACAGCAUUUAAACUUUGAAAUUGUUUCCUGCUAGUAAAGAGAAACUCCCAUCAGCCUCCGGAAACUGUGCACAGAGAGAAUUAUAGAAAUGCCAAAAGAUGAAAGGCUUUCCCCUCAUGGUUCAUUGUUUCUGAUCUUUCAGCAAUGUUACCAAUGCAUUUUCAAGUUUUUCUUCCUCCCUUCCUAGAUGGUGAGAUUUAAAGCCUUCUUUUUAAAUUAAAGUUGUGGGUUCUUGGGAGACUUGAGGUUUUGUAGACUAGAAACGUAUCAUAAGGACUUGUAUGUUAUAACAAGCAGGAAAUCUGCAGCUGAAAAAUGGUCUUUUCUGUUUCCCUGCUACAUUUUCACCCUAAUUGUGAGGAGAGCUUAAACAUAGCCAUUUGGGGCUUCUCUUCCAAUUAUUCUGAUACUUUCAUAAAUGUUGAUGCCAAAUUCUGCUUUCAAAUUUAGAUGAAAAGCUAAAUUAAGUUUUAAAUAAAUACAUGAAAUCUGAAAAAAUGGCCUGCAGAAGUUUGCUGGAGUAUGUAGCAAAAUAUUUUUGCAGACAGCUGAAGAAUUCAAGUUAGCUGGGUUUUAUUUCAAGUUUGGUUUUACAAAAUUGUUUAUCAAUAUUUUAGAUUAGCAUUCCUUUCUCUAGAUUGUGUCAGAUAGUGUUACAACAGGGUUAUAUUUGGAUAUUGUAUGGAUACAUUUUAUAUUUUCCAUUUAAUAUUGGCAUAAUUUACAAUCCUUCCAGUAUUUACUCUGUCAAUAGUAUGUUCGUCAGGAAAGUAUUCCAGCCACUGGCUCAAAUAAUAUUAAUUAAUUUUAUAAUAAUUAAAAAUUCUAAUUUGACCUUAAUUUUUAAUUAAUUCCUGCAGAAGAGAUUAAACAAUUUUACAAUAACUAUUUUUUAAUAAGAAGAAUAGACGAGCAAAUGGGGGGGGCACAAUUUAAAUUCUGGCAGGGUUUUAAUAAAUAGCAAAUAGUGUUAUAUAAAUGCAAUUGCCGUCUAAGGAUUAAAUAUAUAUUUUUAAUAAUUUGAGUUCUGUUUAUUUGCUGUUUAGGAGUAAGAUUCAAUGUAGAGUCAUUUGUGCAGCAAUGUCCCUUAAACCAUUUUGGGGGGUAGGUUCUGAAUGGGGAGAAGAAAAUCGGAAGUUCCAUUGUUUAAACCAACUUCCAGUUGAAUUUAAAUUCCAUGAACAGGCAGACAUUGUUCAGUGUCGCCCUAUAAAUUCUUCACUAUCUGAUUUCCCAUUGUAAAUGAGUACAUCAUAUCUAGGAACACAAACAGGAGAUAUUUUGUUCUUGUUCCUAUAUUACUGGGAUGGGAAUAAUUCUGACAGGUUCUUCUAAGUGAGAGAGCAGUACAAGAGUGAUCUCUUUGGAUGAGGACGUUAUAGUCUGAUCUGAUGCUGCCUCUGUUACAUGUAUAAAAGCUGAUAAGGCUUUAACCAAGACAGCUAAAUUUAUUGCAGAACCUAAAUGUUAGAUUUUCUUUUUUGUCCUCUAGCUUUUAGACUGUGGUGAUAUUAGUUGUCUUAAUACUGGGUAUUUGGAGAUGGGGACAAGAAGAAAAUGUAAUGCACUAUUGUAAGCUCUAAUUAAAAUACAGAGGAGAUGAAGGACAUCAGUGGUGUACUGAUGUUCCAACCGAAGGGGGCGAGCAUAACCAUUCUUUAACUUCCUGUUAUAUUUUAUUUUAUUUUAUAGGUUAGCUGAAUCAUCGGUGGAUCUUAACCUUAAAUUGAUGUGUUGGCGGUUAGUGCCUACUCUUGACCUGGAGAAAGUUGUGUCUGUAAAGUGUCUUCUCCUAGGAGCUGGUACGCUGGGUUGUAGUGUAGCCAGAACUUUGAUGGCAAGUACUGAAGCUACUCCACAUAUUCAAACGCUGUCCCAUUAUUUUGUAUCAGUAUGUAUGAAGCAAAAUAGGUGUCCAAUAAGAGUCCUUCUUUCUUCCUCCUGUUCAUGGGAUUCUCUCUUUGACAGCCCCUACCCUGGAGGCUCAAAAGUGUGCUCACACAAGAGCCAGUUUGGUGUAGUGGUUAAGAGCGGUAGUCUCGUAAUCUGGGGAACCGGGUUCGCGUCUCCGCGCCUCCACAUGCAGCUGCUGGGUGACCUUGGGCUAGUCACACUUCUCUGAAGUCUCUCAGCCCCACUCACCUCACAGGGUGUUUGUUGUGGGGGAGGAAGGGAAAGGAGAUUGUUAGCCGCUUUGAGACUCCUUAGGCUAGUGAUUAAGCGGGAUAUCAAAUCCAAACUCUUCUUGUUAACAUGCAGGAAGCAGGCUGGGCCAUCGUAUCCUUCGCAAUGAAAGGUACAAAAUUUGCCAAACUAUACCUUAACAAAUGAACACUAUCUAAUUAAGGUGCAUAUAACCCUUCUUCAGGGGUUUGGAAGGGAAAUGGUUUCUAUCAAUUGGCUGCAUCAUUAUUUUUUUUAGUGGCGUAGUGCAGCUUGUGAAAUAAUCAACCUGAGUCCUGAGUAAAAGCCUGGGAUUAACAGAAAUAAAACAUAAACUGUGAUUAGUGCAUAUAUUCCAUUCUGCUCUUCUAUUUUACUUUUGCUAUUAGUUGAAAUAGCAUAAUUGUUCUCAAAAUGUGAGAUGGAUUUCUCUGAGGAGUUAUCGAAUAUGGAAUGAGCACACUACUGACCACACUUAGUGUGUGUCUGGAGGAUGGCAACACAAGAACGGGCCUUUUCUGUGGUGGCUCCCUGUUUGUGGAACGCUCUCCCCAGGGAGGCUUGCCUGGGGCCUUCAUUACAUAUCUUUAGGCACAAGGCAAAAACGUUUAUAACUAGGCCUUUGGCCAAUUAACAUUCUAUGGCCUUUUAAAUGUGUUUGUGGGAGAAGGGUUAUUGGUUUGUUUUUGUAUAUCAUGUAUUGUGUGUUCUCAUUUUGUAAUUUUUUUGUUGUGAAUCACCCUGUGUCUUUGGAUAAAGGGCGGUAUACAAAUUUAACAAAUAAAAAGUAUAAAAAAAUAGAUUAGUGGUAAUUCUUGCCUUACUCAAAGAACUAUUUCAUUGCUUGUGGUUUUCUACUCAGGGAUGGGGAGUCAGGAAGAUCACAUUUGUGGACAACGCAAAGAUUUCUUAUUCCAACCCUGUGCGGCAACCACUCUAUGAAUUUGAAGACUGCCUCGGGGGUGGGAAGUCCAAAGCACUUGCAGCAGCAGACAGGCUCCAAAAAAUAUUCCCAGGAGUGGUGAGUAAAAUGCAUUGAGACGUGAUUUAAUGAUCAAAACACUUUAUUAGUUUCAAUAACGGCCUAGGAUUUCUUCUCAUGCCCAUUCUUCAAAAGUGAACUAACCCACAAGGAAAUAAUUCUGAUGUUACGGUGACUGACUAGCUUUGACAGCUAGUCAUUUACACGGAAAAAAAGAACUGAAAUUAAACCUGCUUGAAGCAAUCAAAAUAAAAACGAGGCACAAAGGAAGAGUUUAGGAAAAGUAAACUGAGCACUAUUUAGCUGUACUUAGUUCUUCAUCAAAAUGAAGUGACAGAGGAAAAGUGUCAUUUAGCACAGAGUGUUAUUCACACAGCCAUAAAAAUAAUCUCUACCACCAUACCAUUUAUAGCAAAUACAGGGUAUAUCUGCCUUAUUAGAGACCCUUACUUGGAAUGCAUGCAAUUGCAGACUGAUAAUUCUAAUUACCGUAUAUUUGCUUGAGAGUAGACAUACCAGCUUAUUAUUUCAGACAGCAAUUGCAGGAAAAAAAUAUUACAUGUUGGCGGAAUCCAGUUGAUCUUUCUAGUACAACUGCUGCAACGAAGGCAUCUGCUAAUUGCUUCUUCAAGCACACGCACCCGCCCCCCAAAAAAGAUAAGUUGGGGACUCAGGAACUGUCUAGGACAGAUUUUGGGGUACAGGGCUGCAGCUGAGAGGGGAAUUGGCAAGUAUAGCAUGCCUCCCGUUAACUGGUGUCUCUCCUUGGACCAAAGGCCUUUUAAACCAAUCAUCAGCUUUCCUCAGAGAAAACCUGGUACUGGAGUGUUAAACCAGGAUGCCAUGCAGCAUGAA